GUAAGUCAGCCUGGCUCCCGCUGCUGCAUGCGCACAGGCGCACUGUGGCACAUUUCCAACAACUGCGCACAGAAGCCCUCCGCCGUUUGCCCGAUUGCGGAAAUUUUACCACAGUAUCGGACACGCUGGAUACAGGAAGUCACAGGACGCCGCGUCCUGAUUUCACACAUGCGGGCUGAUGUGGGGCUUUAGCAUGGCAGCCGCAGCAGCAGCAGCAGCAGCAGCAGCAGCAUGACAACGCGGCAAGGUUGGUUCUCCUCCGGUGCGCCUUCGGUGACUCUUCUACCGAGGAAUGGCUUGUUCGUCGGAGCUAAGAAGGAAUUUGGUGCGCGCGGACUAUAAAAGCCUUGGUUUCCACUUCGAGUGUGGCGAUAAGCAUCUGGUACUGAUUGCACCCUUGUCGCCACUUCUUCCCUCCCACUCCCGGCAAGCACCACACUAAUUGGAGAUCAUCUUAAUUGAUCGAGAACAACCGCGUCGCGUUUUGACCUCCACUCCCGUCGGUUAAGCUUAGGCACUUUCUAUUUUGGGAUUUCUUCUCUCGCAUAGCAUCUUCGUCGGGCUAUCUUCCUCGCUUGCGCUCGUUCCACCUUUGCACUGCACCUUUAUUCCGGACAAUGCCGGUGAACGCGUUGCCCCGGGCGGGCAUCAGCGGCCAGGGCUCUCUCAGCCCGGCGUCGCUGUCCCGCAGCCUUUCUCGGCUGAGAGAAUACCGAACUCGGACCCGGAUCAUGCUGGCUCUCGGAGUCUCUCAGAUGGUCCUGGGGAGUCUCAUCCUGGCCGUCAGCUUCGCGGCUCUGGCUCUCACCACAUCCCCAAGGGUGCGACACUCCUGCCCUUUCUGGGCUGGCUUCUCUGUUCUUCUUUCUGGGCUUAUCGGUGUGGUGUCAUGGAAGAGGCCACUCUCACUGGUGAUCACAUUCUUCAUGUUGUUGUCAGCGGUUUGUGUGAUGCUCAACCUGGCAGGAUCAAUCCUCUCUUGUCAGAAUGCUCAGUUGGUCAACUCACUGGAAGAAUGUCAGCUGCUCAAGUUUGACAGCGAUGGAGUGUGCGUUUGCUGUGAGUUACAGCAACAGAGCUCAAGCUGCAACAACCUUGGAGAAACGCUGAAACUUAACCCACUGAGGGACUGCAAUACCAUCCGCUUACGUCUCAAGGAAUUGCUGUUCAGCGUAUGUGCCCUUAACGUCAUAUCCACCAUUGUUUGUGCCCUAGCGACAGCCAUGUGCUGCAUGCAAAUUGUCUCCACUGAUGUGCUGCAGAUGUUCAUGCCACACCGAACAAGAGAGCUAAAUGCUGAUUGUAUGACCCCCCAUGGAACUAUUCUCCACCAAACACUGGACUUUGAUGAGUUUAUUCCUCCCAUUCCCCCGCCACCUUAUUACCCCCCUGAGUAUACCUGCACCCCAUCAAUGGAUGGACAAAGGGGCCUGCACUUGGACUUCCCUCAUUCUCCCUUCAGUGCCAUUUAUGGGGUGCCCAUCAACAGCCCUGGAACACUGUAUCCAACUGACCUGCCCCCACCGUAUGAGACUGUGGUGGGGCAGACCCCUGCAAGCCAGGUCACCACCAGCAUGGAACAACAAGCCACAGAAUCCAGUUUAUGUGACAGAAACACAACUGCAGGACUCAGCACUCAGGCCUCCGUAGACAGUGCAUCCCUAAUGGUGUCAGAGGUUGCUGAUCAAGACCACACUUGCUCUUCAGAGGAUUUGUGUUCCCUGGAGGUCCAAGGCUCAGAUUCAUCUCCCUAUAGCACACCCCACACUGCAGUGACCGAUGGAAGCUGCACUAGCCUUGAACUUUGUACACGGACACGCUGCCAUGGCUCAUCUAACACCAACGCCCGCCCCAGUGACACUGGAUUCAGUGAGUCUUCACAUACCCAGGAGUCCCUUGAACGUUCUCCAGACUGGUCCUCCGAAAACUACAGCAAUUUGGACCAAGAAGAUUCCGCAGACAACUUGCGUAUAUGUGAGGAACUGAGGCCUGCCAUGCACCUUUGUGAUGAGCUUGCCUCAGCCAAACAUUUGCCAGAAGACCCACCGAAAUUGUCACCACACUCUCUCAUUAAAGCACGAAUGAUGAGCCGGAAACUCCCGCUAGCUGUUGCUAUCCCCCCACCUCCUCAGCCAUGCUCCCCCACCUCAGUGGCCUCCUCUGGUGGAACCUUAGCCAUCAGCCCCUUGGCUCCCUCUCCAUCUCCCUCCCCUCCCAGCCGGCUACGAGGCCCACGGCUGUGCUUUAGUGUAUGGUCACCCUCUGCAACGCCACAGCCCCCUUCUACCUCAUCUCAAAGUGGACGUUCACCUGCAGAGAGGCCUCUAGUGCUUCGUGCCGCCAGGAGAUACCGCAAGCUGGCGCGUAUUGUCCGCUCUACCAGUGACCCGAUCUCCUGCUCCUCAACUACUGGAAGAGAAACUUGUGUCUCCACCACUGCAAUUAAUGCUUCAGCUGGUGAUUCAUCUCAUACGUCUCCGGAGCAAGAGCAAUCGGGCACGUCGGUGGAAGGCAUUGGAGGCAAAGCCAGUCACAUGUGCGGCAAGAAGCAACAAAAGGAGAGCAAAAAAAUAGACCUCCACCUUAGAAAAGGGGCUCUGCAAGCACAUUCCCCUCAUGAGCGACCACAGUCCCUGGCUGACCUUAAAAUGUAUAAAGACACUAAAAUACUGGUGGCCAAAUUCCUGGAGCAUUCAAGCUGCAAUUUACCGCCUGAAGUCCAGCAAGUUGUCAACAACAUAAAGUGUGUCAUCAAGUCUGACGAAAAACAUAUGGAGGAGGCCAUAUUUAGUGCCAAUGUCAUAGAUCAGGUGAUGACCCAGCGCAUUAGUGGCAGUCCCAGGAAACGUGGACAGGAGGAUCUUCACCUCCAAAGCUGCGGUGCUUUGAGUUCUUCCCCUUCCAUGCGCCGUCCCAAAAAUCUCCCUCAAACUACCAGCACUUGUACAGAUGCCCUGAACUCACCUUCCUUUGAACAAAGCAUUGAGUGCAGGGAAACAAUUCUCUGACCACUGUCAUGUCAAGGACCUGGGUUUAAACUAUGAGGAUGUUCCAAAGUGCUCGUGUUGCAGCCACACUAUGCUGUGCAGUAAUACAUAAGCAGUCGGUCAUCAUGAGGUCAUGUUUGCAAAGUAUGACAGUGGCAUAAGAAAAGGGGAAGAUGCUCAAACUAUCUACUAUGGCCCCAAGAGAGUGCAUACAGUCAUCAGCAGAAAUAGUAGCAAACUCUGACUGAGCCUGCUUGUCUGUAGUGGCUUUUUUUCUCAUCAGAAAAAAAAACUGAAUGUUUCUCCCUCAGGGGAUUUUUUUUACACGGAGUUUCAUCAAAAUGGAACACAUUGCCGCAAAGCUGGGAUCUGUCAUUCAAAGACAAGUGAUAUUGUGUUACAGUAUUGGUAUUUUCCUUGUCUGUGUGUGAAACAGGAAGAAAUAUUUAAAUAUAAAAUAAUCAACUGUGAAUUGGAGAGAAUGGGCUGUUCUAGCCAAUGUUUGAAGAUUUUCUGAAAUUAUUACUGAUAGGGUGGUGAAUAUUUUGUGGUGCCACUGGUUCAAGAACAUUACAAACAUUUUAACUUACCUCAUUGUGUUAUAUUUCUUAUCAGUGUUCUAAUAAAAGAUAAGUUUGUAUCUUUUGAUUUGUGUUGUUAUUCCAGUAGAGGUUGGAAGACUUGUCAACCAAUUAUACUCAGAGUAGAGUAGCCAAAGGCUCUACUCAAGUUAGAGUAGCGUUACUUCUAAAUAAGUAAAAAAGUGUUCAUUAAAAAGAAUACUCCAGUAAUUAGUAACAUUGUGAGUAACUGCUUACAAUGAUGGAUUUUUUUGAAAUAAUACAUUUUUUGCUAGCACAACUUCAUCUACAUCAACUGUUAUUAUUAUACUGUACUCUAACCUAUAAAAUGACCAUAUAAGGCCAAAAAGAGGACACAAAAAUCAUCAAAUCCAGGCCAGAACAACACACAAUGAGUGCCUUCUAGUGGAGAAAGAAACAUUUUUACCUCUGAAUGGUAUAAUGGAGUCAUGUGGUUAUUGUUGCAACGUCUCAUUGGUGAAACAAUAAGCCACUGUCGGUAUCUCUGGCAAAAAUAAAGUUAGUAUACUAGUAUAGAGUAAAGAGGAAAAAUGUAACCACUAGCCCAAAGUAGCAAAGUAUUAAUAUUGUUUCUUCCUCACAAAUCUACUCAGGUAAAGGCAGGGGUGAAAGUGGGCCAGAACGGUCAGGAACACAGUUUCGGUAUAAGAUUCAGGGCCGGAACACUGUUCCUGUAUACGGUGCUUUGAUUCCAAAAAUAUGACGGGAAAUGUCAAAACGCUAUGUAAAAAAAAAUUCAAAGCUGCCACACAUGCAUUUCAUCUCCAAGAAGAAAACAAUCUACCAACAUCAGAUUUACAUACACAAGUGUUAACAACAAGUAUGAUAAAGUGCUUUUGUAGCAUAAUCCGUUUCCACCAAUAUUUAUUAUUUAUUUAAUUCCACGGACGGCAUAGAGGUUUCCCCAGCUGCUGCAGUUAUCUGAAUUUGACGCGUCACAUCAAUGUGCGAAUGCACGCAGCAAAGCGAAACGCCUGGACUCAUAUAUAUACGUUCAAUUGGCUGACAUACUGACAUGUGAUCACCAGAGAUAGUUAGCCCUGAUUGGUUCAAAUGAAACAGCAAAAAAAAAAAAAAAAAAAAAAAGGGCAAUGCAACAGAAAAUGGAUCAAAUCUUUAAAAGCAAGCAAAAAGUUAAGGAGGCUUAUUUAUCAUAUUUAGUUUUAUUUGCUCUGAUGGGGAGGUUCAGAACAUCAUAGCUGUCAAUGUGCACUUUGGACUUACAUUUGUUCAU